AUGGAGGUCUACGUGGACGACAUGGUGGUAAAAACCAUCUCGGCAACGGACCAUGCCUCCGACCUUGCCGAGGUGUUCGCCCAGAUCAGAAAACACAACAUGCGUCUCAACCCGGAGAAAUGCGUCUUCGGUGUCCGGGGAGGAAGAUUUCUUGGCUUCAUGAUCACCAGUAGAGGAAUCGAAGCCAACCCCGAGAAGUGCGAGGCCAUCAUACACAUGCAAAGCCCACAAUCGGUAAAAGAGGUGCAACGCCUGGCCGGACGGCUGGUCUCACUGUCCCGGUUUAUCCCUAAACUCGCGGAGAAGGCGGGACCAAUUUUCACCCUGUUAAAGAAACCAAAAGACUUCUCGUGGACCGACCAGUGUGAAGCAGCGUUCCAAAGCUUCAAAAAUUUCCUCACAACCCCGCCAAUCUUGCAAAGGCCGGAUCACAACACCGACCUCCUUCUUUACCUGGCAGUGGCAGAAGGCGCCAUCAGCGCCGUCAUUGUACAAGAGCAUCAGAAGGCGCAAACCCCAAUCUACUUCAUCAGUCGGGUCCUCCAAGACGCCGAAAGAAGGUACCAAAUGGUCGAAAAGCUGGCGUUGGCACUGCCUGAGCUUGCCGGACGCAUGAUUGCCUGGUCAAUAGAACUGUCAGAGUUCGGAAUCCGGUACGAAAGCCGCGGACCUCUAAAAGCCCAAUGUUUGGCCGACUUCGUAGCCGAGCUCACGCCGACCACCACAGAAGAACCCCAAGCAUGGACCCUCCAUGUAGACGGAUCCUCCAACUCCAAAGGAGGAGGUGCAGGCAUCAUCCUGGAAGGACCAAACCAAAUCACUGUGGAACAAUCCCUCAAGUUCGGAUUUAAAGCAACUAAUAACCAGGCAGAGUACGAAGCUCUCCUCGCCGGACUAAGAUUAGCCCGGGACCUCGGAGCUCGAAGAGUAAGCUGCAACAGCGAUUCCAAACUCAUGGUAGAACAGCUUGGUGGAACGUACCAAGCAAAGGACGCCCUCCUACAGAGAUACUUUCAUACCGCAGCCCAACAGAUCUCGUCUUUCGAUGAGUUCUCCAUAAAACACGUACCGCGAGAGCAGAACACCAGAGCAGACCUACUGUCAAAACUCGCCAGUACCAAAAAGCCCGGGCAACACCGAACCAUUAUCCAGGAAACCUUGCACUCACCCAGCCUGGAUGAUAAAACUGUCAAUGUCAACGACAGCGAAGAGCUAGGAUGGAUGACAGACAUAUGGAACUACCUAAAAGAUGGAGCCCUGCCUACAGAUAAGGAUGAGGCAAGGAAGGUGAGAAUGCGAUCAGCAAAGUUCACCAUCAUCGACGGUGAAUUAUUCAAACGCGGAAUUUCCAUCCCACUGCUCAAAUGUUUGACCAUAUCUCAAGCAGACUAUGUUGUCAAGGAAAUUCAUCACGGAGUAUGCGGAAUGCACUCCGGAGCUCGCUCGAUGGCAGCCAGGGUACUCCGGGCUGGGUACUACUGGCCCACCUUGAAGUCAGAUUGCCAAAACUACAUCCAGAAAUGCAAAGAGUGCCAGCAGUUUGGCAACGCGCAUCGACAGCCCCCCGAGGCUCUUCACCACAUGAUGGCAGCAUGGCCUUUCUCCCAGUGGGGAAUGGACAUCCUUGGGCCUUUCCCCCCCGCGAAGGGUCAGUUAAAGUUCCUCCUGGUGGCAAUCGACUACUUCACCAAGUGGAUCGAGGCGUGCCCACUUGCCAAGAUCACCACGGAAAACGUGCGAAAAUUCACAUGGAAAAACAUCGUUUGCAGAUUCGGAAUUCCCCACACUAUUGUCACUGACAACGGGCGGCAGUUCAUCGCAGAAGAAUUCGAAGUCUUCCUCCAAGAACUCGGAAUUAAGCACUUGCCAACCUCGGUGGAGCACCCCCAAACCAACGGCCAGGCCGAAGCAGCCAAUAAGGUCAUCCUCCGGGAACUCAAGAAACGGCUAGGGAACGCAAAAGGGGAGUGGCCCGACAUGCUUCCCGGCAUCCUCUGGGCAUACCACUGCACCCCACAGUCAACAACGCAAGAAACACCUUACCGACUAACUUAUGGAGCCGACGCAAUGAUCCCGGUAGAGGUCGGACAAAUAUCCCACUGA